CCCCAUGGCCGCGGCUCCUUUUUCUGCCUUUUCCUUUGUACCCUCACUGCUACCAGCUCCUUCUGGCGACCCCCAGGUACCCUCUCCCACCUUUCACUUCUCUCUGGGUCAGCAGACCACGCAUGUAUCCACAGGCAUUACCUGUGCGGAUCCUAAGCAACCCGGGCACUUUCAAACGCUGUGGCGGUUCCUAUAGCAACGACAAACCGGAAGUAUGGUUUGCCGCCGGAAGCGGAAGUCCCAAUCAAAAGUUGAGCAGUAGCUGUGUGGGACGUCCGUGCCGCGAGAUGGACACUCCUCCGCUCUCGGAUUCGGAGUCGGAAUCCGAUGAAUCUCUUGUCACAGAUAGAGAGUUGCAGGAUGCGUUUUCCCGAGGGCUUCUGAAGCCAGGCCUCAAUGUCGUGCUAGAGGGGCCGAAGAAGGCCGUGAACGACGUGAAUGGCCUGAAGCAAUGUUUGGCAGAAUUCAAGCGGGAUCUGGAAUGGGUUGAAAGACUCGAUGUGACGCUGGGUCCGGUGCCGGAAAUCGGUGGAUCUGAGGCGCCAACACCUCAGAUCAAGGACCAGAAAGCUGUUGAUCCAGAAGACGACUUCCAGCGAGAGAUGAGUUUCUACCGCCAAGCCCAGGCCGCAGUGCUUGCAGUCUUACCCCGCCUCCAUCAGCUCAAAGUCCCUACCAAGCGACCCACUGAUUAUUUUGCAGAAAUGGCCAAGUCUGAUCUGCAGAUGCAGAAGAUUCGACAGAAGCUGCAGACUAAACAGGCUGCCAUGGAGAGGUCUGAAAAGGCUAAACAACUGCGAGCACUUAGGAAAUACGGGAAGAAGGUGCAAACGGAGGUUCUUCAGAAGAGGCAGCAGGAGAAAGCACAUAUGAUGAAUGCUAUUAAGAAGUAUCAGAAAGGCUUCUCCGAUAAACUGGAUUUCCUUGAGGGAGAUCAGAAACCUCUGGCACAGCGCACGAAGGCAGGAGCCAAAGGCCAGCAGAUGAAGAAGGGGCCCAGUGCUAAACGACGGUAUAAAAACCAGAAGUUUGGUUUUGGUGGAAAGAAGAAAGGUUCAAAGUGGAACACUCGGGAGAGCUAUGAUGAUGUAUCUAGCUUCCGGGCCAAGACAGCUCAUGGCAGAGGCCUCAAGAGGCCUGGCAAGAAAGGAUCAAAUGUAAGUGAGCCCAGGUGUCCGGGUGAGGAGCAGGCUCAGCCUCCCCUCCCAUUCCCAACCCUGCCCUCUCCCUUCAGUUAUGUUCGUCCUCACCUGGGGCAGAAGGCAAGCUGCUAUGUGACCAGAUGUGGUAUAUCUUUUUCUGUAGAAGAGACCUGGAAAACGAACGAGAGAGAAGAUGAAGAACAGAACGCACUAAACAGCAUCUUUGAAUACAAAGAACCAAGAAAAAGGAAUGAAGACUCACAAUUUCACAACACACUGUGAUCCCUUCUGUUGGUGUCAUGUUGUAAACAUUUCUUUUAAUAAACUAAAUAAAAAUUAUUAAAGGAACACAUACCUUUGGUUAAAUAGUCCAGACUAAAAGAUUGAGAAGUUACUUUGCAUUGCUAUCUAUUGAUAAUUUAGACAUUGAGUUCAAAUUGCCUUCAUUUUGUGAUAAAUGGUUUAACUGACACCU